CACGGUCCGGAAAAUUCCAUACCAUCACGGCCAAACAUUCAAAUCACCUCUCCAGCCAUUGAGGCCGCAAUCAUGGGUGCCAGCGAGUCAAAGCCGUCCUCCAGCACGCCUCCACACCUGUGGAAGGCCAGCUCGCCUAGCGGCAUCUCCCACGACCUCGUCGAGUCCCUGCAGACCAGCCAUGAGACCGACGCAUCUCGCACGCAACUCACCGAGAUCCAAAUCCAGCGCCGCGUCGCCGAGGAGCUGAAGCGCCUGCAGGCCAAGGAAUCAGAGGCCCUCCGCCUUGCCCACGACAAGAUUGCUACCGAGGACAAGCCCGCGCCCGAGGGCCAGCGCAGCCACGAGAGCGUCAAGAAGGAGGUCGAGGCCCUGCGCGCCAAGCUGGCCGAGCGCAAAAAGGUGCGCGAUUUUCCCGAGGCGGUUGAGACGGCGCGCGGCAACGUCGUGCGGUGUCUGCGGGAUAAUGACCGCCGGCCGCUCGACUGCUGGCAGGAGGUUGAGGCUUUCAAGGAGGAGGUGAAGCGGUUAGAGAAGGGGUGGGUUGAGAAGAUUGUCUCUUGAGUCGAGGAAAGGGGAGGUCUUGGUUGAGUUCCCUCUCUUCUUCCUCAGGGGAGUCUUCCUUGAGAAAGGGGGAGAUGAAAUAGACAUGGAAGGUUUUCUUUUUUUGCGUUUUCUUGUGAGCCAUGAAGGGGGUUAGACAGAUACGCUGGAUCAAGAGAAGAAGCAGGGCAGUAGGACGUGAAAGUGUAACAACAUGCUACUGGCGGGCAAACGACACGAGAGAGAAAAAAGUGUAUAGAUGGCGAAUGAAUCUUGCUUCACAUCACAAGUUCCCCCCUUAAUGGAAGUCUUCAUUUUUGUUUAUUUCUCAUAUAUCCUUCAGCAGCUCUAUCGGACCUUGUUCCUCUGACGUAGUCUCCUGCUGCUGCUGCUGCUGCUGCUCCGUCUUCAGUCUAGCAGCCAACACCUCCUCCUUCCGCCGCAAACCCUCAGCCCUCU